CUCUACUCUCUCUCUCCCCCUCUCUUCUCCUUCACUUCAAUUCCUUCUCCUCCCCUCCCCUCCCCUCUCCCCACCACCACCCCCAACACCCGAGCGGCCAAUGCAGCACAAACCCUAGCCCUCCCGCCCCCUGAUCUCGCGCGAGCAUGGGGAACUGCUGCCGCUCGCCGGCCGCGGCGGCGCGGGAGGACGUCAAGUCGUCGCACUUCCCCGCAUCGGCCGGGAAGAAGAAGCCCCACCAGGCGCUGAACGGCGGCGCGGGGGGAGGUGGUGUUGGUGGUGGCGGCGGCGGCGCGGGGCAGAAGCGGCUGCCCGUGCUCGGGGAGGAGGGGUGCGAGCUGAUCGGAGGGAUCGACGACAAGUACGCGCUGGACCGGGAGCUCGGGCGGGGGGAGUUCGGGGUGACGUACCUGUGCAUGGAUCGGGACACCAAGGAGCUUCUCGCCUGCAAGUCCAUCUCCAAGCGGAAGCUGAGGACGGCGGUCGACGUGGAGGACGUGCGCCGGGAGGUCGCCAUCAUGCGCCACCUGCCCAAGAGCGCCAGCAUCGUGUCGCUGCGGGAGGCGUGCGAGGACGAGGGCGCCGUGCACCUCGUCAUGGAGCUCUGCGAAGGCGGCGAGCUCUUCGACCGCAUCGUCGCGCGGGGCCACUACACGGAGCGCGCCGCCGCCAAUGUCACCCGCACCAUCGUCGAGGUCGUUCAGCUCUGCCACCGCCACGGUGUUAUCCACAGGGACCUCAAGCCAGAAAACUUCCUCUUCGCCAACAAGAAGGAGAACUCGCCGCUCAAGGCCAUCGAUUUCGGGCUGUCCAUCUUCUUCAAGCCUGGUGAGAAGUUUUCUGAAAUUGUUGGAAGCCCAUAUUACAUGGCUCCGGAAGUAUUGAAGAGAAACUAUGGACCGGAAAUAGAUAUCUGGAGUGCAGGAGUUAUCCUAUAUAUUUUGUUAUGUGGAGUUCCUCCAUUUUGGGCUGAGACUGAGCAAGGGGUGGCACAAGCUAUUCUCCGUGGAAAUAUCGAUUUCAAGCGGGAACCAUGGCCAAAUGUUUCAGAAAAUGCUAAAGAUUUGGUUCGGCGCAUGUUGGAGCCUGAUCCAAAACUCAGGUUAACUGCAAAGCAGGUUCUCGAGCAUCCUUGGCUUCAAAAUGCUAAGAAAGCUCCAAAUGUUCCUCUUGGAGAUAUUGUGAAGUCAAGGCUCAAACAAUUUUCUAGAAUGAAUAGAUUCAAAAGAAGAGCUUUAAGGGUCAUUGCUGAUCAUUUGUCUGCUGAGGAAGUUGAGGACAUAAAGGAGAUGUUCAAGGCAAUGGACACUGAUAAUAAUGGCAUUGUAUCUUAUGAAGAAUUAAAGAGUGGGAUAGCAAAAUUUGGUUCUCAUCUGGCAGAAUCAGAAGUGCAGAUGCUCAUCGAAGCUGUGGAUACAAAUGGGAAGGGUGCUCUAGAUUAUGGCGAAUUUUUGGCAGUCUCUCUUCAUUUGCAAAGGAUGGCGAAUGACGAGCACCUCAGGCGAGCCUUCCUAUUUUUUGACAAGGAUGGCAAUGGUUACAUUGAGCCUGAAGAGCUUCGAGAGGCUCUAGUGGACGAUGGAGCAGGUGAUAGCAUGGAAGUGGUGAAUGACAUAUUGCAAGAAGUUGACACAGAUAAGGACGGCAAGAUUAGCUAUGACGAAUUUGUAGCAAUGAUGAAGACGGGCACGGAUUGGAGAAAGGCGUCUCGGCAUUAUUCUAGAGGAAGAUUCAACAGCCUCAGCAUGAAGCUUAUAAAGGAUGGGUCCGUAAAACUGGGCAAUGAGUGAAGCUAUGCCAAAUGGUAUUAAUUUUAUGCGUGUAGUUUAGGCCUUUGGGCCCACUAAGCAGAAACCCUUCUCCUUUUUGUCAUGAUUAUUUUGCGUGGAAAUUUAGAUAGGUGGAACCACCCGAUUGUCUUACCUGUGUAAUUAGCUCAUCUGACAAGCACGCGCGGUGGAAUGAUAUACCAAAUGCUGUGCGCCUGCUUCGCCCUUGUGGCCUUGUUUGAUCCUGGGGGGGGGGGGGGGGGGGGGGGCGGUACCUGAUGCCAAGUGUUGUACAAUGUUUUGCCGUGUUCAAAUGCAAUUUGUUCAUUUGGGGUGCUA